AUGAUCCCUAGCCUGUUUGUCGCCUUCCUGGCCGGCCUCGCCGCCGCAUCGCCAUCGACUCCGCUCCACGAGCGUGAGCUGAAGAAGCGAGCGACCACCCUCAUCCCGGAUACCUGCUUCAGCUCCACACAGGCAUUCGAGUCCUACUUCAACUACAACUACCCGUGGGGCGACACGCACAACGGCGCGGCGCUAAUGUCCAAGGCACAAGUCAGCAUUAUUCACAACGCUUACUUGCAGCUUAAAUCGGACUACACUGGCCCUCAGAGCGGAAACAGCAAGCUCAAGUACAACAGCGGUACAGUCUACGCGAAGCAAAAGUUCACUGUCCAGAAGGGGGGCGGCCUCGACUUCAAGGCCAACUUUGUGGCACCCGUGGCGAAGGGUACCUGGCCUGCUUUCUGGCUCAACGGGGCCAACAGCUGGCCUCCGGAGAUCGACCUGGCUGAGUGGAAGGGCACGGGCAAGAUCAGCUUCAACACCUUCAACACCAGUUCAGAGGUCAAGGCUACGGACGUGACCUACCCGUCGCCGACGACGGCGUGGCGGACCAUCCUCGCGGAGCUGCGGGCCGAGUCUGACGGGACGACGGUCAAGAUCAACUUCUACAUGGACGGCAAGCUGAUCACCACCCAGUACGGGGCGAAGAUGGUGGGGGCGCCGUUCAACCUCAUCAUUGACUACCAGAUGGAGGGAAGCAGUGGUUCUCCCGGCCCUCAGGAUACGACCUACUUCUUGACACAGUACCUGAGCGUCACGAGUUACAAUCCCUGA